AGAAAAACGGUACAUUUACUACAAAGAUAAAGUUUACUACAAAUAAUUAAUUUCACAAACUGGUAACCUAGCUACGCUAAAUAUAAGCGUGCACACUUCACCGGUUUCCUAGCUACGCUACAAUGAAAGGCGCACGCUUUAAUAGAAGUGCGGAAGUAUCGAACAAACUUAUAACCUCCGGAAAUUUAAGCAGUAUGAAAAUCAACAUAAACAUGUAUACAAGUGACUUUUACAACGCGAAAAGAUGGGACAUGAUUUAUACUAAGCACAGUGUAUAAGCAUUUAGAUGAUGUGAUUGUCUGCAAACCACUUCUUGUGUGUUAAACUUACACAGUUUUCUGAUAUAACGCUAGUCGGGAUGGUGAAACAGGAGAAAUAUCUGCACGUGGAAAAGGUCCCGAAGGGAAUGCGUCUGCCAGGGAUAACUUCCGGUUAUCGACAUAUGUAUCUUCCAUGGAGCUACUACCUAAAAAGCAUUGUCCGUCUACACAACGAGACGGUUAACGUCUGGUCACAUUUAAUCGGGUGUCUUCUGCUUAUCCUUCAAAUGAUUUAUUAUUACGACAUCUACGAUCGCGACGGAAGUUCCGUAAGGUGGACGUUGAUUGGACACGGCUGUUGUUGCCUAGUGACACUAUUCAACAGCGCCGUUGCGCAUCUGCUACAUUCGAAGUCAUGCUACGUCAAUUUUUUAGUAUUUCUAUUCGAUUACGUCGGGGUAGUAUGCUGGGGAUUUGGGACUUCUAUUCUUGCCAUGUAUGGUGUUUCAGACGAGAAUAUUUACCAUGCGCUGGGACCUAAUUUUGUGAUCAUACAACUAGUAUGGACUUACGUUACGUAUAACUUCAUCUGUCUGUCAAAAGUCUGGUACGGUCAUGACAUGGAAAUUAAGACGAGGAAACUACUCGUUGUGUUUGUCAUAGUGAUCCAGGCCAUGAGCAACUUAUUGCCAUGGUUACCGCGUUACUGGAAUUGCUACACCUCCGAGUCUUGCUCAAUGUCUUCGCUGAACCAUAUUACCAUCACGUGUGUGUCUUUCACACUCAUGACUUUGGCGUUUCUAUUCCAUCAGCCAGAAAAGGCGUAUCCGGGACGUUUUGACAUUUGUGGUUCGAGUCAUCAGAUUUUCCACGUGUUUGUGAUAUUGACGAUGUCUCUACAGAUGCGCGCGCUGCACGUGGAUCACGAAACACGCGCGAACACUCAUUGUCAGCCGAGCAUAUACAAACUCGCCGCAUAUAUUGUAGCUUUAAACGUCGUGUGCUGGUUGACCAUUCUUUAUUACAAACGAUUCGCACACAGGAAAUUUAAACAAGCUGAUAAUAACAACAAGUCCGAAUAAAAUGUACACACAUUAUGUUUGUUGAACAAACAUUUUGUUGUGUAAUAAAUAGCAAUCCAUAAACAUA